UCAAGACACCGAGGAGGCCGGGAGUUCCAUGUCCACUCUGGAGAGGUCCCUGGCUGCACGCAGAGCCACCCGGGCCAAGCUCAUGAUUCCUAUGGAGGCCCCGUCCAGCAGCCCUGCUGUCGUGAAUGCCAUUCCUGUGCCAACCCUAGAAAGUGCCCAGUACCCUGGAAUCCUCCCGUCUCCCACCUGUGGAUAUCCCCACCCGCAGUUCACGCUCCGGCCUGUGCCGUUUCCAACACUGUCAGUGGACCGAGGUUUUGGAGCAGGAAGAACAGCGAGUGAAGGACCAACCACCCAACAACCGCCCAUGCUGCCGCCAUCUCAGCCUGAGCAUUCCAGCAGCGAGGAGGCCCCAAGCAGAACCAUCCCCACGGCCUGCGUUCGACCGACUCACCCGCUCCGCAGCUUUGCUAACCCUCUGCUACCUCCGCCCAUGAGUGCAAUAGAACCGAAAGUCCCUUACACACCACUUUUGUCUCAGCCAGGUCCCACUCUCCCGAAGACUCAUGUUAAAACAGCCUCUCUUGGCUUGGCUGGAAAAGCAAGAUCCCCUUUGCUUCCCGUCUCUGUGCCAACAGCCCCUGAAGUAUCCGAGGAGAGCCACAAACCAACAGAGGAUACAGCCAACGUAUACGAGCAGGACGAUCUGAGUGAACAAAUGGCAAGCCUAGAGGGGCUCAUGAAGCAGCUUAAUGCCAUCACAGGCUCGGCCUUUUAACAUGCCUUGCUAAAUGGAUGAGGUGAAUUUGCUGGGAACGUCGCAGCAUACCGGUUACCCAUAGACAGCCCACCUGUGUCCAAGAA